ACUCCGGUCCGCAAACCCACACGGGUUUCAAGUUUAGGAUUUGAUGUUGUUACUGCCCACAGACGUUCGCUGGGACAACUCGGAGAGGCCAUGUGCUUGUCCCCCUUAGGAAGUGGGAGAAAUCCCUGCAGCUCGGUUUUGUUCCAAUGGUCUGUUCAGUGAGUGAUUCCCGUUUCCCCAAAGGCUGCCCCUCAUUAGCAUGAACGGGGGUGGGGGUGUGGAGAAGGGGUGGGGGGAGAGAAAGAGCAAAAGCCCAGGCUCCGUUUUAGAGCCUGGGAACCGUGUCUACGAAAAUGACAGCUAGAGCUUUCUGGCUCCUCUGUUUGAUCGUUGGAUCAUCUCCCGAAGCCCCAGUGGCGGAGAGAAAAGCGUCGCCACCCCACAACAGGAAGCCCGACCCCGGCGGCGGCCCGAGUGCGGAGGGGACGCCGGGGCCCCGGGCUCCGCCGGUCCCUGAGGAGCCGCGGCGGCCGCGCGCGGCCGAGGCCUCUCCCCGCGCUUGGCCCGACCCGCGACGCCGGAAGCCCCCGCCGCCCGCCGAGAACCGGGCCGGCUUCCGGGAGGCCGCGCGCGAGCCCGCCGGCCCGCCGAGCCCCCGCCUCGCGCAGGCCGAGAACCGCGCCUCGCCGCGCCGCGUGCCCGCGCUGGAGGACUCCCCGCGGCGCUCACGCGCCCGGGCCCUGCGCUUCCCGGCCGCGCGGUCGCUCGCGCGCGCCGCCGAGGCUGCCGCCGGCCCCGCCCACCCCAACCGGCCGCGCGCCGCCGCGCCGCCCCCGGGGCCCGAGCCGGCGCCUGCACCGCCCCCGCGCCUCAGCCCGCCGCGGAGGGACGCGGAUCCCGGCGCCGAGCCCUGCGCGCGCGCCUGCAGGGUGGACCUGGACGAGCGCGAGUCCUACUGCGCGAGCGAAUUCGCGGUGAAUGGAAUCGUGCACGACGUGGACGUGCUCGGCACAGGGAUCCGGCUGGUGACUCUGCUGGUGGACCGGGAUGGGCUGUACAAGAUGAACCGCCUGUACAUCACUCCGGACGGGUUUUUCUUCCGAGUCCACAUACUAGUCCUAGACUCCUCCAGCUGCAAUAAGCCAUGCCCAGAGUUUAAACCUGGAAGCAGGUAUAUUGUGAUGGGCCACAUUUACCAUAAGAGACGCCAGCUCCCUACAGCUCUGCUCCAGGUCCUGAGAGGGCGGCUCCGUCCAGGAGAUGGAUUGCUCAGGAGUGGCAACAGCUACGUGAAGAGAUUUAACCGAAAAAGGAAUGGGCAAGUUCAAAGUGCCGUUCACACCCAGUGCGUUUGAAAUGUACUAUCCUCGCACUGCUGGAUUAUAAGAGACGUGUUGCAUUCAGCAACAAGACAGGAGCGGUCUGUCUUCACGGAAUGGGGAAUUCCUGUGGAGGAAGGCACACAGCUCCUUCUGGAACGGAUUGUGUAGUUCCAACUCUAAUCUCGAAGUCGCCCCUUUCUUACUUGCAAAAUCGCUCUUCAGUGGUAUGCUUCUGAGGUCCCUGGCAAAGUUACUGGAGUCUAGUGGCAUUUAUUCACACAGCUCAGAUAACUGACCUGUCCAGUUAGCAGAUCACUGCUUCAUGUGGUUUAUUUUUAAUUAUUUUAAUUUAAAUACAUUCUUCAGUAGAAAGAGUUCACAAAAAAGCAUUUCCUUGAUUUUAAAUAUACAACUUUGAAUAGGUUAUAUCACAUUAUCAAACCAAGUUUCAUACUAAAACCAUCACAUUUUAAAUUCUGUACAUAACAGCGCACUAGUCAAAAGACAUGUAUGAAAUGUCAUUUAGAUCAAAACACUAGGGUCAGAACUCAAGACAAGUAUUCAAGUUUUAUACUUAAAGAGUACUAACGGGCUUAAUUCAAGCAAAAUAUUAUUCAAACAAGUGUUCCUGAUGUACCAAAAUGUAAGAAAUAUUCUCUUCCCUCCCUGCUCCUAGAAACAAUUUGUGCCAAACUGGCAACUGUCCCAAUGCUAAACAUAUUCUGGGUGUAUCUGAUGUCAUUUUUCUAUUAAGACCGAGUAUCGUGUUUGUGUUUGUAAAGUAGUAAAUCUUGCCUUGAAAUCA